AGUGUUUUACCGAUUGGAAAAGGGUGUGAAUACAAAUCAGCUCCGCCAAUAUCAAGUGAAAUACAUUUUUUUUAAAUUACUUCAUGAGAGCAUCUCAAUUUGAAUUUGUUUAAAACACCGUAUAUCAAUAUGCCGGCUUACCACUCUUCAUUAUCAGCUCCAAAAGAGAUUUGCAAAAUGGCUUUGUUGCCGAUAAACACGAAAUAUAGAGGCCCAGCUCCACCUGGAACGGGUGAUGCAGAUAUAAUUGAUGAAUCUUUGCAGUAUUUUAAAGCCAACGUCUUCUUCAAAGAGUAUGAAAUUAAGAGUGCUGCUGACAGGGUAUUGAUCUACAUAACAUUGUAUAUUACUGAAUGUUUAAAGAAGCUUCAAAAGUGUCCUUCCAAGAAUGCAGCAGUAAAAGAAAUGAAUACACUUGGAAUAGAAAAUUUUUCCAUCCCAGGUGAACCAAAUUUCCCACUGAAUGCUCUCUACCAAAAACCAGCAGACAGAAAUGAGGCAGAUACGCUGCGACAAUACAUGACACAAAUCCGCCAAGAAACUGGUGCACGCAUUAUCGAAAAAGUCUUUGACCCAGUAACGGACAAACCUAGCAAAUGGUGGAUGUGCUUUACAAAAAAGAAGUUCAUGGAUAAAAGUCUAUCAGCACCAGGCUUUUAGGUGGGAGCAAGAUAUAAUUAUUGUAUCAACAACAAUUGAACAUCUGCACGGACACUAAGGUCACGGAAUUUACGAAACACAUGGAAUCUUGUAUAUUGUGUUAACAUUUUUUUUAAGUGAACUGCGCUGUUAUUGAACAAACAUAGAUCAAAUUAUAUUAUUAUUACUUUAAUAAUUUGCCAUAGAGAUAUUGAUUUCUCAUUUUGUAAUGUUUUCUUAUGUCUGUUUUAAUUUUAAAUCAAAGGAAGAUUGCUAAAAGCAGAUGAAAACAGACUUAACAAUAAACCAGCUAUAAUCUUCCCAUAGAUAAUGGUCUAUAAUUACAUGUAUACAUCAUUGCUAUAUAUUUAGCUGGCUAUAUUGUUAAGCCUGCUUAAAACAAGCAAUAAUUCAUGUUUAAGUACUUUGCAGGUAUCAAGCCUAGACGGCUAGACAGUUUUUUAUUCCAAUUUUUGAAAUAAGCUACAAUAUGUUGAGAUGUGUAUGUGAAUCAAUUUUCAAUGCACAAUCUAAAAAAUUAGUUGCUAUGGAGUAAAUUCUUCAUUUUCCACAACAUGCCCACUACCAUUUUACAGCAGUGUCAUAUUUCAGAAGUGACUAAUGUGAUAAAGCUGAUUGUCCAGUAUUCUCAGCCCCUAACUGGAGGUCCAUUUCUGUCUGAAUUUCAACUGAGAAAAUAUCAAAGUGGCAAAGCAAUCAAACUCAAUUUUAAAAAAGUAGACAACCAGAGAUCUAUACAAGCUGUGAAAACCGCCAUAUAGCAAUUGUGACACUAAUGGUAGCUAACUGCAAUAGUAUACGACAGUAACUGAUUACUAUUUUUUGUUGGCUGGACUACUAUGCUAGAAAUAUAUAAACAAAUUUGAAAAUAAAAAGAAAGAAUACUUUGUACAGUA